CCUCAGCGCUGUGAGAAGUUAGCAGUCGGCUGGCAGAUUGGUCCGUAGCCACGAUGGAUGCAAUACCAUGCCUUCUGUUUGUCCUCCUGUUCGGGACACGGAUACAAGAACAUACCGCCCUCCAGUGUUACUGUGACCGCUGCAGCGCCAACUCCAGCUGCAGCACCGAUGGCGUCUGCUUCGUCGCCAUCCGUAAGUCGGGCGGCCAGCUGACCACUGAGCAGCGCCAGUGUGUGCACGAAAACGAACUGAUCCCGCGAGACAGGCCCUUCAUCUGUGCCCCAUCCGUCAAACAAGACAAGGGCAUUUACCCCUUGUGCUGCACCACGGACAACUGCAACGAAAAGCCUAAACUGGAUAUCAUUCCUGUACCCACAGUGAAGACCCCUCCUCUGGGCCCCGUGGCCCUGGCAGCGGUGAUUGCCGGCCCCGUGUGUGUGUUCUGCCUGCUGCUGGUCCUGGCCUUCUACGUCUGCCACAGCCACAGGGGUCUGGGGGCCGGCGGUGCAGGGGCCCACCACCACCACCACCGGGUGCCCAACGAAGAGGACCCCUCCAUGGACCACCCCUUCAUCACCGUGGGAACAACGCUGAAAGACCUCAUCUAUGACAUGACCACCUCGGGCUCUGGAUCAGGCCUGCCGCUGCUGGUCCAGAGGACUAUCGCCAGGACCAUCAUCCUCCAGGAGAGCAUCGGGAAGGGCCGAUUCGGGGAGGUGUGGCGGGGUAAGUGGCGUGGCGAGGAGGUGGCCGUGAAGAUCUUCUCCUCCCGUGAGGAGCGCUCCUGGUUCCGCGAGGCCGAGAUCUACCAGACGGUGAUGCUGAGACACGAGAACAUUCUGGGCUUCAUCGCUGCUGACAACAAAGAUAACGGCACGUGGACUCAGCUGUGGCUGGUGUCGGACUACCACGAGCACGGCUCCCUGUUUGACUACCUGAACCGCUACACAGUCACUGUGGAGGGCAUGAUCAAACUGUCCCUGUCCACCGCCAGCGGCCUCGCACACCUCCACAUGGAGAUAGUGGGGACACAAGGGAAGCCAGCCAUUGCACACAGAGACCUGAAGUCCAAGAACAUCCUGGUGAAGAAGAACGGGACGUGCUGCAUCGCCGACCUGGGGCUGGCCGUCCGCCACGACUCGGCCACCGACACCAUCGACAUCGCUCCAAACCACAGAGUGGGAACCAAAAGGUAUAUGGCUCCGGAGGUACUGGACGACUCCAUAAACAUGAAACACUUUGAGUCUUUCAAGCGAGCGGACAUCUACGCCAUGGGCCUGGUGUUCUGGGAGAUCGCCAGCCGCUGCUCUAUGGGAGGCAUCCAUGAGGACUACCAGCUGCCCUACUACGACCUGGUCCAGUCGGAUCCAUCAGUGGAGGAGAUGAGGAAGGUGGUGUGUGAGCAGAAGCUUCGGCCCAACAUUCCCAACCGCUGGCAGAGCUGUGAGGCCCUGCGGGUGAUGGCCAAGAUCAUGAGGGAGUGUUGGUACGCCAACAGUGCCGCCCGACUCACCGCUCUGCGGAUCAAGAAAACCCUGUCUCAGCUCAGCCAACAGGAGGGCAUCAAGAUGUAGACAUCCCUACCAAACACACACACACACACACACACACACACACACACACACACACACACACACACACACACACACACCUCUGACUGGCAUCCAUAUCGUUAUCAUUACAGCAUUAUUAUCUUCAUUAUUAUUCAUUUGCUGUGCCCCCUUUGGUUCGAAGGGAACUGAAGACUUUGCCCCCUGAGCUCUUUUUUUCUCAUCCCAUUUCCUUCAUUGACAAACUGAUGAGUCGUGAACGUGAGGAGGUGUGUGUGUGUGGGUGCGUGUGUGUGUGUGUGUGUGUGUGUGUGCGUGUGUGUGUGCGUGUGCGCGCGUGUGGUGCACUGUGCUGACGUGCACACAGGAUGGAUGGAUGGAUGGAUGGAUGGAUGGAUCUAAUGAGGGAGGGCCGCGAGCCAUUAAAGGAUAUCCUCCAUCCUCCUUUGCUACAUUCAUCACAUGGGACCCAUCUCAAGUCCCGCCUCCACCACUCAUCACAACCAAUAAGAGCUCAGAGCCCGUCAGGUUACCAUUAGGCAAGCCAGGCAGCUGGGAAUCAGCUGGGCGGCCUCAUUGUAUAUCAGCAUUAGAGAGCUAAGCUACUCUUCAGUAGGGCUGCACCUCGCUCAUUCACAUCUUUGAAGAGCGCUGCGAGUCAUGGGAAAUGUCCUCCCACCGGAAACGAGCCCAAGGGAACUUUUGGAAUAGAUCCAUGUGAUUUGUGGCAUUAGCAUGAUAUGUACAUAUUUGAAUGUGUGAGGUGCAUAAUUGGUUCUGAUCACAGGGACGCUGAGCAGUGUAACAUGUACCACACUUGAGUGACCUGCUAGUCAAAUCCAAAGACAAACGGGAUGAACAGUGCACAUUUGGUCCGACGUGCUCUGUGGUUUAGAGGUGGAGCUUUGUUCCACUGGUCCGCAGCUGUCGGAGCCGCUCAGCCAUGAUCCAGAGUAUUUCAGAGAGUAAAGGUGGCGUUGUGUGCAGCCCUACUGUUGAGUUGUCUUACAGUAGCAUUGGGAACUGAAGCGUGGACCCGGGGGUUAUGGGACGCUCUGUAAGCCGCCCUGCGGGCUCCUUCAUCGCUUUAGUUCUCUCUCAUCUCUGCAACGCGUUUGCACUGUUGUAUAUCCGUCACUCCCCCAGGGAGUCGGACAGGUCAGUUUAAUUUAUUGUUUGUUUGUUUUUUCAAUUUUCGUUUUGGUGGCAGGGGAUCUUUUUUUUUUUUUUUUUUUUUUGCUAAACUAAACUGGACAUGAUGACCUCAUUCAUUUUUGGCGAACAUGAUCAACAUAUGCAAUAUACAGUAGAUAAAUGUGUCUAUUUUCUAUACUGUGCUCUGCUAAACCACAAACCGCAAGAACAACAGCAACAGCGCUCAGCUGCCACCAUGCCUUCCAACCAGCUGUUACCGGAAAGUGCCAGUGCUUUAACAACCCAACUCCUCUCAUGUCGGCUGGGUGGGUGUGUGUGUGUGUGUGUCUGUGUGUGACACGCUGUGUGUUUGUGUGUAUGUGUCAGAGAAGAGGCCUGCCGAGCACACAGCGCGCUCGUACUAUGCACACCCAAGAAAAUAGGUACGCAAAGCAAGGAGGGGACACACAGCAGCGUCACAGCACCCCAAGUCCAGCCGACUCUCUGGUGCCAUCACAACCCCCCCCCUCACCGACACCGACCACCUCAGCAACAACUCAUCGUGCAGCGAGUCUGGACAACACGCUCCAGCACCUCAAACUGUGUUUAUUUGGAAAGAUAAUGCCACAGAAGCUGGCGGCGGCUUUGGAAAAAAGACACAAAGACUUGUAAGCAUUACUGAUGUUGCCCUAUAAAUGUAAACUCUUGGAUUUCUGAUUUUUGAUCCUUUCAUGUCAACUUUUUUCUCCUCCUGUAGGAUAAUCAUCAACAAGGAGGUACAUUCAUUCAUUUAAAUAUAGCAAACGGAGAUUUACUAAGCCAUAGAUUUUCCAGGUUAUGUAUAAUUUUUUUUCUUCUUUUUUGUGGCAAGGUCUUUUCUACUAUAAAAAAAAAAAAAGAUGAAAAUGAAAAUGUGCAUCAAAAGGACAAUUUUGUCAUUUCAGCUUAGCAAGCCUUAAGGGACCAACACAUAAGAGUCAGGAUCUGCUCUUAUUCUUUCUUUCUUUAUUUGUGUUUUUAGUUUUUAAUGAAAAAAGAUUUAUAUAUACAUAUACUAUAUAAUUGAUUACUAUGAUAAAUGUGUCAUUAUUCUAUCUAAAGGACAAAAAAAAUAUAUGCAGCACCCGAUUUCACAGUUUGUUUCGGUCAAGUGUUUGUCCUUUUGCCAGGUUGCGAUACAUCUGAACGCGCGGACUGACUUUACAGAGAUGUGUCCCGAGUUCCACCGGAAGCACUUGUCUUUUUAGGACAAGUCAAAGCAAGUCCGUGAUGAGAUCCAGUUUAAAUGCACAGCAUGAAGCAGUCAGUGAUGAAUACACCGAGUCAAAGAGUCUUUCGAUUGUUCAGCAAUAAGUGCACUUGUGAACCACUGCAGGGUUGAGUCGGUCUGUCUCCGUUGUUUGUCUUUGCGGUUUAUUGAUGUGCUGCUACGUAGUUGUCCGCCUCGCUUCCCGAGCGGAGGCGAGAGCUGGCGUUGGAUGUAAAUACCUUUCAGGUCGUCUGAAUCUGAUCAUUUUUGUGCCAUGUUGCUCCGACGCGAAACCAGCUCGUCGUCAACGAGGAGUUGUCGUUCUCUGCUUGGCGGUGUUCGGCGAGAAUGGAAAGCUGCGACCUCCGUGGGCCGUGGUGGGAAGCCACUGAGUACACGCAUACCGAACAGCACGGUUCGAAAUCCACUGAAAGCUAGUUUCUUCUACUAGGAGUGUAGAGGAGGGCGAGGAACAAAGACAUCCACUUCUGGUUGAGUAAAGUCCUUACAGUAACUGAUCAUGUCAAAUAGAUGGAUAAUGUCCUAAUAAUCUGGCAUACAUCCCGUGUAAUGUCAUUAUUAGCAUUAAUGCCUUUCUUCAGGAGAAGCUCAGUGCCCAUUUCUUUGCAGACAGCACUUUGACAUGGAUGUCACAACCGGUUGAGUCGUGAAAUCCAUGCCAUGGAUGUCACAACUCAACCGGUUGAGUCAUUAGCACUAACAUGGAUUCCAUGUUAGUGCUAAUGACUCAACCGGUUGUUUUUGGGUUGAUUCAGAGCCUCCCGUCAUCCUUUUUAAACUUUGGUAAGAAAGAACCCAAAGUUUGACAAAUAGCAGACACAUUGGGAUGUAGUUCACUGGUCCGAGUCGUGAAUUUUUUUUUUUUUUUAGUUUUUUUUAAAUAUGUAGAAAUGGUCAGCAGUGGCAGAAUGUGACACAUUAUUGUAAAUAUACAAAAGAAGAAAGUUGCCUGAUCUUUGAAGAAAGUGAAGUGGAACUCGCUGCUAUAUUAAAUACAAAAAGGGUGACGGACUA